AUGUCUACCGAUUGUCACCGAUAUUUGUCUCGUUUUGUCGAUAUCACUGCCGACACAAUUGAUAUUUUGGUCCGAAAUGGUAUCCAAUCGGUUAACGCUUUGCUGGGCAUCGAUAUGGAUAAAGACUGGGAUCACUUACCGCCACAAAUAUCCAUUGGCCAGAAGAUACYGUUGCGACAGGCGUUGAACAAACUAACUGAUGAUGACUAUGGCGAUGAUAAACAAGAUUUAACUACAAGACAAUCGGUAUCUAACAGACGGAUUGUCAUCAAUUUGGACGACGAGACGGACACGGAUUGCAAUGGAAAGUCUUAUAAUCAUAUUAUGGAUCUAAACAGUGAUAAUCAAUUGUGUGAUCAGAGGAUUGAGUCAACUAAUCUGCAAUUUGUCUGCAAUUAUAAGGACUGCGACAAGUUGUUGAAAUCGAAAGGGAAUCUGAUUAGACAUAAGAAAGAGGUUCACACCACUGAUCGGCCAUUUGUUUGCAGUCAUAAGGAUUGUGAUAAGUCGCUCAAAAGUAAAGAUCAUUUAAGUGGUCACUUAAAAACGGUUCACUCGACUGACCGGCCGUUUGUCUGUAAUUACGAUGACUGCAACAAAUCGUAUAAACGCAGAUCCGAUAUAAAUAGACACCAGAAAUGUGUUCAUUUCUCUGAUCGGCUUUUUGUCUGCACUCACAAAGACUGUGAUCAGUCGUACAGAAAUAAAUCCUCUUUACGUAAACACCAGAAAACGGUUCACAAAAUCCAUCGACUAAUUACCGUUAGUUCAAUUCGUAGGAAUCGAUUAACUGAUACAAUCAACACUACCAUCAGCACAACCUCUGGCACCAAAUUGAUGAAUACAACUUCAACGUCAACUAACCUGAUCUCUACUGAACCCGUCAUUACUAUUAUCGAACCGGAGGUCGACAACAAACCAAUUGUCGACAUCAAACCAGUUUUGGAUAUAAAACCAUUUGCAGACAUAAAACCAUUUACAGACAUAAAACCAUUUACAGACAUAAAACAAGUUGUGAACAUGAAAUCAGAUAUAGACACCAAACCGUUACUCAUUUAUAUCAAUCCCAGUGUUAUGGAUCCAAAGUAA